AUGCCUGACAACUUUCAGGUUGAGGAAGGAGCGAUGCUCUACUCCAAAUCCUCAGCCUACGAAGUGCAGUAUUUACUGGGGAGAGGCAGCUUUGGAGAGGUCGCCCAGUGCAGGAAGUUUGCCACCAACGAAAAUGUGGCUAUAAAAGUCAUCAGAAGCAGGCAUAGCAUUGAGGAUGCAAAGAGUGAGGAGGAUAUCCUUAAACAAAUGAAAUUGUUAAACUCCCACUUCUUUAACAUCGUGGUAUGGAACAACUCCUUCCAAUACAAGGAGCAUUACUGUAUCGAAUUUGAGAAGCUAGACAUCAACCUGCAUGAAUUCCUUCAGAAGAGAAGCUCUAUGUCUCUGAAGUUGAAGGAGAUCCGGCCCAUUGUGCAACAGUUGGCUAUUGCUCUGGAUUUCCUGGAUGUGGUUGAUAUCGUACAUGGUGAUCUAAAGCCAGAAAACAUAAUGAUGGUGGACCAUGUUCGGCAGCCACUCAAGGUCAAAUUAAUUGACUUUGGCCUGGCCGUAAACAACUCUGCUCAGCAUACGGGGGAGACCAUGCAGACCCUAUAUUACAGAUCUCCAGAGAUCCUGCUGGGAAAUGAGUUCAAUGGAGCCAUUGACGUGUGGUCGCUUGGCUGCAUUGCUGCGGAAAUGUUGACCGGCAAUGUGCUGUUCCCUGGGAGUGACCAAUAUGACAUGAAGUCUGAUAAACUCUCAGACAACCCCAAAGUGUGUGACUGUGAACACGAGAGUUUUUUCAAUUUGUUGACAAAGAUGCUGAUGGUGGACGCGGCUGAUAGGAUCACACCUAGCCAAAUCCUCGAGCAUGCAUUCAUCACCAUGAGUCACCUUUCUGGCGACUCAAAAAGCUGCUCCCAUCAGAGUUCUGAUGAUGAGGAGGAUGACGACCUUGAGGUGGCCUCCAGCAGCACUGCCAUCCCAGCCGGCCAAACUGAAAGUGGUGGACUGAGCAGCGAUGAACAUACCCCUUUUGCUGGACACACAGCAGAGAAGAUGAGGAAAAGGGUUGGUGGAAAAACCACAAAGAAGACUCCGCUGCGCAAACGAAAGAGGGAUCAAGCAAAGCCGUGCUCUUCCUCAGCAAAAAAGAGGAAGGCUGUGAACCUCAAUGAGAACCUGGAGGACAGCGUCAACAAACUACUGAACAAAACAGUAGAGGUCCCCUCUAAAAAGAGGAAGAGGGCCGAUGAGGAGACCUGUCCAGAAGAGAGGUCUGGAUGCAAAAGAAGAGUGAACUUCUUCUCACCUUAA